AUGAAAACUCCCGUAAUUAUCGAUGCAGAUCCAGGCGUGGACGAUGUCAUCGCGAUAUUGCUUGCCCUCGCAUCUCCGGAACUCGACGUCCGCGCGAUCAUUAUCUCGUAUGGUAACACUACUUUAGAAGCCUCCCAUCUCAACAUCAUCAAGCUGUAUCACACUCUAUUGCAGCACCUAGAGCAAUUCCCUGAACAGAAGUCUCGCUUCCCUGGUCUUUCUGGUGAUCGAAAGGUAAUCCUUGCCAAAGGCUGCAGCCAUCCUCUUGCAGGGGCAGACCAUAGCGCCGAGUACUUCCACGGCCGCGAUGGACUUGGGGACAUGGACCAGCGCCAUCCCGAUCUCAGUGUCGAAGUAUCCACCGCGGAGCAUUCGCAUUUACUCCUCACCGACCGGCCUGGUGUAGAGGUGGCCCUCGAUCUCAUCGAGAGUGAACCUUCCAGGAGUAUCACUUAUGUGGCGCUAGGUCCCCUCACUAACCUCGCUCAGCUGUUGCGGCUAGGAGGGGACUCGGUCAGAGAUCGAAUUGGACGUGUUGUGUGCAUGGGCGGGGCUCUGGACGUUCCGGGUAACACCAGCCCGGUAGCAGAAUUCAACUUCUUUGCCGACCCGUACGCUGUCAAGGAGCUGCUCACGCCAGACGAUCCUAACACCAGCAUCCCUCUCGAGCGCUUCCUCUUACUCCCCUCGAUAUUACCACUCCGCACGAGCUACCCUUCCCUAUCUACGCUGCUCGAGUCGACCCAACCUUCGAAAACGCGACGCUCCUUCCUCGAGCGGACGCGCGAGAUCAUGGUCGGUUUCGGCAAAGAUGCCAUGGAACUCCACGAUAUCGUCGCUGUCUGGUGUGCAAUUGCCAAUCCGCCUGUCGAGGUCGAGACCGUGGGCGCCCUGCCGAAGCUGCAGCCCGGGUGGAAGGCUUCACGACGCAAGUUCCAAUUGAGCGGUAAGAAGGGUGAGGCUGCGUCCCUGGUCGGUGAGAUCACCAGGGGUAUGUGCGUAGUGGACCUGCGAGAAGAUCCGGGGGCGUAUGCCCCCGGUGCGAACCGCGCCGAGGUGCAGGCUGAGCUUGAGAAGCAUCAUCUGCACCACUCCGGGCCGUUCGAAUCCACCGCCCUCCCCGCUCAAGUCGAAGUCGAGCGUGCCAGUGACGCUCAGCUGCCAAACCACACCGCUGUAGGCGGGGUUGCUUGUGUCUUCGAGACUCCUGGGCCGGAGGCACUCCUUACACUGCUGCUCGAGCGAGUUUGGGGUGUGACUACCUAG